AUGUUGAACAAGUUAUUAAGCCCAAUUUUAAGUUUAGCUAACAGGUCAUGCACUUUUGUUACAUUUACAAAUACGAGCCUUAUUUUUACUAGAUCAUACAAGCUAAAAACACAUAAAGGGGCUGCUAAAAGAUGGUUGAAAACGGCUAAUAGUUGGAAAAGAGGGCAUCCAGGAAGAAAACAUGGAAAUGCUGGUUGGGGAAAAGCAAACUUGAAGCAGUUGGAUGGUAAAACUCUUGCUCACUCAUCGCAUCUUCGCCGUUUAAAGAAAUUAUUACCAUAUUCCUAG